UUCUUGUCUCACAUCGAUUGUAUCACCUGAAAUUGGAGGGAGGGAGAGAGAGAGAGGGAGGAAACCUUGAACGUAGAAACAGUCCAUGUCGAGUGGAGCAACGUAAACAGCCCCAUUUAAGGGGUAAGCCCACUGCUGUGGUACAGUACAACUCCUGGAAAGGUGGGGGUUUGAUUGCUGUCAGCUAUGAGGCCUAUAAAUAUGGGGUGAAGCGGUAAGUAUUCGUUACUUAUAUUUUCUAAGUACUUCAUGUAUGACUGGAUCUUCUUGGACUGGUGAACGCUAUUAUGUGGGUUUUUUAAGUUCAAUGCGAGGUGAUGAAGCGAAGCAAGUUUGCCCACAAAUCCAACUUGUCCAAGUUCCAAUUGCUCGUGGUAAAGCUGACUUGAGCAUAUACCGAAAUGCGGGUUCAGAGGUUUAAAGAAUUCAUACGCGAUCAGUUCUAAGAUUGUUAUAUGUAGAAAUUCACUUUGAAAAGGAACUCAUGGUUGAGUAAGCUUAAACUUGCAGGUGGUUUCUAUUCUUGCAAGGAAGGGUAGAUGUGAGCGUGCUUCGAUUGAUGAAUUGUAUCUUGAUCUCACUGAUGCUGCUGAAGCAAUGUUAGCAGAAACUCCUCCAGAGAGCUUGGAAGGUAGCACAUACACUCACUUUGCAUGCCAGAGCUUUCAAGUCCAGUGACUAAGUCGCAGAAAAAUUUUCUUUCCAAGUCUUGUCCAUUGAGGUAUGGCUCUGCCAAGAUCAAAGAAGAUGCCCUGAACUUAUUUCAAGCGGGGUUACGUGAAUACCUUGGCUCACACAGAAUCAAGGCUCAGGGAAGUCACUACAAUGGAUAAUUGCUAUUUCAUCUGGGACAUGUUCAAUCAUGAAAUACUUUCAUGGGCAAGAUCAGUCCAACUGUUCGUCCACGCAAGUGAAUGACAGAUUUGUCGCAGAGGCUGCACCAUUAUCACCCUCCGGGACUGUUCUCAUACUAUAUGCUGCUUUUUGUUUCUUUUUACUUUAGUUUUACCAUUAGUUUUGCAAUUUUGGUAAAGUAUGACAUUCUUUCAAGAACUGAAAGAUAUCCAGAGUUGCAUACAACUGAACUGCCCAUAGAAUUCCGUGAGGAAGAAACAAGGAUUAGGUAUGCCAUGCCAAGUCUGGAUCAACAGGAAAACAAGGGAGAAGUAUCUACGAGAGAGGAUACAUGUGAAACCAUGCAAUCCACUGAUGACCAAGUGAUAUCUUGUUCUUUGUCCAAGCAGGCACAUGAUGCUUUCAUCCAAGAAACUUCAGCAUUGUCAUCCUCAGGGACUGAAAGUUCUUUGGCACUGAAUCCAGUUGAGCCACACAGAGAAUUCCGUAAGGAGGAAAUUCGGAUCAAGAAUUUAACGCAUGGUAUGAGACCACAUGAUCACAAAAGAAAGAUGGUGAAAGACAAGGGAUCAUCUACAAUCUUGAGAUUUUUUCAGAGUUGCAACAACUCUUUCUGUUCCCCCAAGCAAGAGCAUGUUAGAACUAUUGAUGAAACUGAAGCAUCUUCAUCCUCAAGCUUUCAAUCAGUAAUUGGCAGUUCUGAACUGAUUGAUGCUGAGUUACGCAAAAAGAACCUGCUUACAUAGAUGGGAACACAUAGUGGCAUGUCAAUUUUAGAUCGAGAUGAUAGGAGAAGGGAUGCGUGGGAUUACAAGAUUGAUGAGAUUGACCCUACUAUGGUUAAUGAGUUACCACUUGAAAUCCAGGAAGAGUUGCAAGUGUGGCUCCGACCUCAGAAGCGGGUAGCUAAUAUUGGCAAACGUGGGUCUAGUAUUGCUCAUUAUUUCUUGCCCACGAAAAAUACAUAAGCAAGUCAAAAGUAAUCAGAACCAUCAUUUUCUCUGUUUUAUGUAUUUAUUUUUUCAUGAGCCGCUUCCUUGUAAUUCACAUGAAAAUGGAGUCUCGAAAACCCAAAAUCCUUUCGAUCCAUCAAGAUUUACAUCUUAGGUCUUGGUGUUUGCACGUUAAGUGUUUUUAGUUGGUAAAUCCUUUCUUGUAUGUAAUCUUUAUACCUAUGUGUAAAUCCCCUCUUUUUUCUUUCCCUCGUGCAAUGCAUUUCAAUGCCUGUAAACAUUUUCAGA